AUGCGGCGCAGGGAGGCUUUGGUGUGCGACACCCCGCAGGGCCACAUGACUAGAGACGUGCGCGAGGGCGUGUGCUCCUUCUUUGGGCUCCGCUUUCGAGUAUUUGACACAGCAGGACUCGAACCCGGGACCUCUGCUUCUCACCAGGGCCAUGGGGGUAGUGGGAGAGAGAGUGGUGGUGGGAGUAGGGCUGUGGGUUUUAUUCCAAGCCUGUUGGGUAAUCUACCAGAGGCGGAUCGUGCGGCUAUGGAGGCGUCGAUUUUGCAACGAACGGCUGAGAUUACGUCGUACCUGCUGGGCCAGGCAGCUGCGGUGCUGUUUCUCGUGGAUGCCAGGUGGGUGGGUGUGUGCACUGUGUCGUGCUCUGAUACCAUGCAGCAAGAUCCUUCAAUAGUCUGCUCUUUUAUUCUCUGUCCAGCUUUCCCUCUCUCUCCCUUUUUCCAAUGUACCCCACCCCUCCCUCUCCCCUCCACCCCAACCCGCCCUCCCCUUCACCACCCCCAAAUCCCUCCACUACCCUCUUCCCCCCCCUUCCCCUCUUUGGUUCAUUUUUCCGCCGCCUCCUUCCUUAUCUUUCAUUCACUUGCUCUCUUUCCUUUCCCCCAAGCUCUCCUUCUCCAAUGCUCACUCAUCUUGCUCUUUCUCUUUCACUCACACCCCGCUCCUCCUUCUCUCGCUCCCUCUCUCGCUUCUCCCUCCCCCCUCCCUUUCUCCCACCCACCAUCAUUCAUUGGAACACCUUUCCUUAGAGCUGGCAUUCAACCUGCUGACGUGGAGGUUGCUGAUUGGCUUCGCCGCUCUGUGCCAAAGCACCGGGUGGUGCUGCUGGCGAAUAAAUGCGAGGGGCUGGGCGGCGACAGCACAGGCCUGCUGGCCAGCCACGUGGCAGAAGCCUAUUCGAUGGGGUUCGGCGACCCGAUCCCGAUAUCGGCCGAGUCUGGGGAGGGACUGGAGGACCUGUAUGCUGCUGUGAAGGGGCCUGUGGAGGAGAGGGAGAGGGAGGGGAGUGAGGAGAGGGAGGAAAGGCAGAGGGAAAUGAGAGAGCGGAGAGAGGAUAUGGAAGGAAGAAAGAUGGCCGUUUCAGGGAUGAGUCAACGCACAGAGGGGGCCGGCGAUUUUGCGGCGUUGCCUGACAGCAGUGAGUGUUCUGAUGCAGCGCUAUAUGAUGACGCUGCUUAUGCCGCUGGGGCUCUUGAUAUAACCACAUUACCUGCAGCAGAGGAGGAGGAGGUGGAGGAGGAGGACGACGACGAAGCAGCAGCACAAGCGUUGUUAUCAUCCUCAGCAGCAGCAGCAGAGGCGGCAGAGGCGGCAGAAACAUCAGAGAUUCCGCUACAGCUGGCGAUAGCAGGUCUGCCGAACGUGGGCAAGUCAACGCUGGUCAACUCGCUGCUGGGGGCUCAGCGCGUUCUGACGGGGCCGGAGCCAGGGCUCACUAGGGACGCUGUGCGCAUUGGCAUCACGUACCAGGGCAAGCCCAUGUGGCUGGUGGACACGGCGGGGUGGGUGAAGGCAGCGCAGGCGAGGCAGAAGGGGCCGGUGUCACUGGCUCGCAUGGACAUGGAGAGGAGCAUUGGGCGCGCGCACGUGGUGGUGCUGGUGCUGGAUGCUGCUGUGGUGCUGGUGCUGGAUGCUGCCGUGGUGAGUCGAUGUUCAGGGUGCAGUGCGGUGCAGCAGCAGCAUCCGUCACUCACUUCAUGCACGGGGAACUUCAUGGGCUGCGUGGCAGAAGAGGAGAAGUCGCUAAAAACAGCAGAGAGGUCGCUGGCGCGGUGGGUGUGGGAGGAGGGGCGCGCUCUGGUGGUGGCGGCCAAUAAGAUGGACGCAGUGGGGGGUGACAGGGACAAGCGGUGGGUGCGCAAGAAGGUCAGGCGGGCUGUCCCAGUGGAGAUCGCUGCUCUGCUGCCCCAGGUGCACAACGUGCCCAUAGUGUUCACGUCAGCGCUGCACGGGGAGGGAGGCAAGGAGCUCAUGCAGGCUGUUUCAGAUGCGUACGACCGGUGGAACACCAUGCUGCAUGCUGCCCGGCUGAAACACUGGCUGCCGCAGACCCUCAGGAAGCUUCCUGGGUCGUGCACCGCAGCUUCCGUAAAGAGCAUUGUGCAGGUCAAGUCACGGCCGCCCACCUUUGUGGUCCGUGUGACUGCCGCUGCUGCAGGGGACCGGUCUCUCGCGCGCUUCUUUUCCACCAGGCUCGCAGCUGACUUUGGGUUUGACGGCGUGCCGGUGCGUGUGGUGCUGCGAACCAAAGACGGCACCAGAUGGUGA